CCGGCGUGCCUUUUCGGUAUCUAUCCGAGAAUUUGUCCGCUCACCAUUAACGUACUCCGGACUCAUCGCCGAUCAUGUUGCUAUUCAACGUUUCGCGUGCACUAUUACGCAAUAGCCAACGGCUCGGCGUGGGCCGGCAUCGGGAUGUGCACCGAUGGGUAGCACCAACGUUACGCGAGUUUCGCCGUCGUCGCGAAAAGAUGGGCCCGGAAGCCGCCCUACCGCGCUCGUCGUACACGGAUUGGAACUAUAGUGCGGAAAUUUUCGCCUUCGGUAAACGGUUGCACGAAACCUUCGACGCCGGUGUCCUACAGCAGGCCUUCACGCACCGGUCCUUCAUCGAGCAGGAGAAACGCAAACAGACCGCAGUCGGUAUCGAUGACCCUGUGCUAGGGGUAAGCGAUAACCAGGAGUUGAUCGCACAAGGCCACACGCUGAUCCAACAGUAUGUCGAAGCGUUCUUGCUAACGGCCUUGCCACGAUUACCGCGCCAUUUCGUUUCCUCCAUCCGGGACGCGCUUACUUCGGAAAUGCAACUGGCUCACGUAUCGUCCCACCUGGGCACGAAGGAUAUCAUUCUCAGUGCUGACUUCCCGGUCGGUGAGCCGCUAUUGGCAUCGACGCUGAAAGCCAUCGUAGCCGCGCUGCACCGGUCAUCCGGUGACGAACGGUGUUUCCUGUUCGUGCGCGAUUUCCUCUGCACCACACUGCACCAACGUGACCUGUUCGAGUAUCUGUCCAUCACCGAUCCUCUCGCCACGCUGCGAGAGUACUGCAAAGAAAAAGGGCUGGCCGAACCCGAACCACGGCUCAUCGGUAGCGCAGGGCAGAACACGCUCCUGGCGGUGCACAACGUCGGUAUCUACUGUGAUCGCAAACUGUUGGGGACGGGCUUCGGCGAGGACCAAACGAUAGCUGUGCAAGAAGCGGCACGUGACUGCCUGCGGCAAUUGUUCGGCACCGAACUGCACAUGAAACCGAUCGAUUUCAACCUACAGCUUUCGGACUGCACAUCCCAUCUGACAGCCCAGCGUGACACACAACAGGCGGCGAAUCAGUAAACGGCUCUUUAAAAUGUCCACAUUGCAGUGGUAAUGCUUUUACUAUUAGUGUAUAAAACAAUGGACCCAAAUAAAUUA